UGGAGCGGCUGGCCCUGGGUAUGCCGGGCGCGGGUCUCCAGGGCGCGGCUGGCGGCAUCGGGAGCCAUCGCGCAGGUAACCGGGAUUGCUCACCACCUGCAGUUUCGCUUCGGAGGCGGCGGUUGGCACGGAGGCCAGGCUACAUGAGAAGCACAGCUGGGCCUGGAAUCAGUUCCCCAGCAGUGGGCACACCAUUCCAGGAUCUGGGAGGGGCCAGCAGCAAGGAGCUCCACCACUCUGCAUCCAGGGCUAGACAAUGCAGCCUUGACCAGAGUAGCCAGGAGCGGGAACCCCUGCUGGGGAGUUGCGUCCCUAACGGCUCCGAAACCCCUGCUGUGGCCUCUGUGGGCCACUGGAGCCUGGCUCAGACCUCUGCAGGAGGAAGCCCAGUAGGCUUUGGGAUUCAGCCCAGAGCUGGCACCGGAUUACCCGCCAUACUCACCAGGCUGCAUGGCCCCGAGGAUGCCUGGAGGCAGCAAGUGUCUUUAUCCAUGGACAGUUCUGCAGCCCCAGGUGCCAGCCAGAACCCAACCCUGUGUGCAGGAGCAAGGGGCGCUGGGGCCUCCAGGGGGCUGGCGCCUGUGGAGGGGCAUGGUAGCAGCUGCAGUCUGGGCAGYGGACCUGCAGCCCCCCAUACCCUGCCCGGCUCCUGUGAGAACUUCACCUCCAGCUUCAGCUUCAUCCGCCUCUCUCUUGGCUCUGCCGGGGAACGUGGGGAAGCAGAAGGCUGUCCACCUUCCAGGGAGGCGGAGACCACUCAUCAGAGCCCCCAGGAGAUGGGAGUUAGAGCCACCAGCCCAGGCGGGCCCCAAGAGGACCCUCAUGGUCUCCCUCAGCCCUUCUGUCUCACGGCUGCCCGGGGCUUGGCAGAACUGGCCCAGGUGUCGGGGAGGAGCUCCGGGCUGGAGUGUGGUGUGCUUUCUUCCCUGGACAUGGACACUGGCUGCUCCUCUUCCCUGGAUCCCUCGCUGGCUGGUGGUGGCGGUGAUGAGGGCAGUGGUUCAGGGGACACCCAUGGCUGGGAUGCCCUGCUCAGGAGAUGGGAGCCCGUGCUGCAGGACAGCCUGCUGAGCACCCGGAGGCAGCUGGAGGUGACCUCCUUAAGAGUAAAGCUUCAGAAACUUCAAGAAGCAGCAAUUGAGGACGAUGAUUUUGACAAAGCUGAGGUGCUGAAACAGAGGUUAGAAGACCUGGAGCGAGAGUCAGGUGGGCUGCAUCUGGGGCUCCCUUCGAGGCAGCCGGCUCUCCGCAGCUUCCUGGGCCACCUGGCUGUGCAGGCCCAAGCCAUCCUGCAGGUUGCUGCUCAGCAGGCCUGCAGCGAGGACACCCAAACCCCACCCGGAGGAGAGCCGUGGCCACGGGAGCCCACAGCAGGUGACAGCCUGCAUGUGACUGCCRCGCGGCGGGACUGGCUGCUUGGAGAGCGGCAGCAGCUGCAGAAAGAAAUGGAAGCUCUUCAAAGGAGGCUGUCUGUGCUGGAGGCUGAGAACCAGCGGCUGGGGCAGGAGCUGGAGGAGCAGGAGCAACUGCUCCGGUGGCAGGGCUGUGGUCUGAUGGAGCCCAUGGCCCGGCUGCCCCUGGGCCAGCUGCAGGCACUCAGCAAGGCCCUGCAAGACACACUGACCGCAGCUGGUCAGCUGCACUUCCAGGCAGAGCCACCGGAAGACAUAAUGAGCCUCCAGGAGAGGAUAAAAUCCCUCAACCUAUCACUUAAAGAAGUCACCACUGAGGUCUGCACAAAUGGGAGCCUCUGCAGCAGGCUGAGGAGGAGAGUCAGCCACCUAGAGACCCAACUGCCGGCCCUGCGUGAAGCCAAAGCGCUUGCCAUAUCAGGAGGCCAUUUCUGCACGGCCAAGGACCUGGCCGAGGAGAUCUGCUCCCUGGGCUGUGAGCUCGAGGGGCUGGAGGCACUCCUGGGCAAGCUGCUUGGGCUGAGUUCCAGAAGCACCGGGAAGCUGGGAUGCCUUCGCAAGGACCAGGACAGGCUGUGCCAGGAGCUGGCCCGCAGGGCUGCGGCCUACGAAGCGAGUGUGAAGGAGAAGACCGUUAAGUACAUGGAGGUGCUUGAGGGAAACCUGUGCAGCUGCGAGUGUCCACUGCUCCAGAAGGUAUGGGUGGCAGACUUGGAGGCUUGCCGGCUACUGCUACAGAGUCUGAAGCUCCAGGAGGCAGGGGGMAGCCUGUGUGCAGAAGACGAGGGGCCGAGGGAUGGCCUGAGCUGGGCCCACUCCGAGGACAAGGGGAAGGCCCUGUGGCAGGCGUCACCCGAAUGGAGGGCUCACCAUACCCGCGAGCCGCACUGCGCAGGAGAACAGAAAGAGGAAUCUUACAUCUUGUCUGCAGAACUUGAAGAACAAUGUGAAGCCAUAGGCAGGAAGCUGCUGGACAUGGAAGAUGCACUUCACACGGCCAUGCACAGUCACAAUGGAGAGCUCAUUCAGUCCCUCAAGGGAGAGCUCCAGAUGGUGAAGGAAGCACUGCAGGCCAUGAUCCUGUCGCUCCAGACAGCCACGGAGGASGCGGGAGGAGGAGAGGCAGCAGCCUCCUGCCCAGCAGCUGGUGUCCUGGAAGCACAGCCCGAGGGCAAGGGCUGGGAGGAGGCGGGCCACCCUAUCAUCAGGGUGGACUCAGGCUCCUGCUCCCACAGCCUCACUGAUGUGCCUGGAACAGUCGUGGAGACACAGAGCCUGGGGGUCUCCCAGCGGGGGGGUGGCCGUCCAUUCUCAUGAGCUGAAACGGGGCGUCUGCAAAUUGGAAUACUGGGGUGGGUUGCUGAUUUUCCUUUUGAAUGUCACUUAGAAGUUCACCUCCAUGACAUUCAUGGGCGUGUGCUGCACAGGAUUUGGAAAUGUCUUCAUCUCCGUUCCCACUGGACAGGUGUUGGAGGGAAUUCUGGUGGAAGGGUGUCUGUUUCCCAGUUUCAUCUUGCACUCUGCUGCAGUUAGAAUAUUUCAUGAUUCAAGAACUUGUGGAAAGAAAACCCAGGACAGGCCUCAGGACACCUGUCACACUUCCCACCACCUCAUCCCUGAGAGCCAGUCACCCCAGCUAGGCUUGGCAGGUGCUCCCCUCACUCCCCGGACUCCCUCCUCCUCAGAGAAUUGACCUGAGCUUCCAGGCAUCAGCCUCAGUGACUGCAGCUUUGGAGGUUUUCCUGGCACCGGGGACACCUAUGGAAAGGAUGUCGGUAUGGACCUUCUGAAGUUCACCACGGGGCAGGGCCUGGGGCGGGGACGGGAGCUGACCAGGAGACGCGGGCACCUUUGAGUCUCUCCUAUUUCCUGCCCAACCUGUUUCCUUCUGUGAUGGGAGAAUCCCUGCGUGGAACCCUCUGAGCAGGGCAGACCAGGYAGGAGACCAGUGCUCCACCCUGGGACUCCCAGGGCAGCCACAUCCCACGCACACUGAGGAAGGUGCCCCAGAGAAAGGCUCUGCGAACCAAAGGUCUGUUUGGUCAAGAAGCCAGGCCUCACCCCUGUGUGGACAGUGCAGUGCACCUGACAUGGGCUUACAAAUGCCAGCAAGGAGCUCCUCAACUGUCCACCCUGAGCCUCCCACCCUGAGUGCAUCUGUCCACCCCCCAUAAACCCAGUUCCUUCCCCAUUCACGGGUUGUGCUGCUGUGCUCUCUGGGGCCAUCCUGGUGCAAACAUAGACUUGGGUCACUUGCACACUGACUUGUGCAGAGUGCUGAGCCCCGUAUCCACCUGCCACAGACAGCAAGGUCAACCAAACAAAUGCUUCUGUGCAUCUCUUUUUUGUGUCGGGGACAGUGACCUGCCGGCCUUCUCCAGGACCCAGGGACACACAGCAAGUUUUGUCAUUUCUCGGCCACGCUGCCAUUUCUGUUUGCUAGCCUUUCCAUGCAUGGGCACCCUGGUCCUCAGGCAAGGACAAGGCCCUGCUCGUACCAGCGACUACCCUGGGCCCGGCAGUCAGGCAAAAGCACAGUCUGUGGACAAGCUUAUUGUGUGUCCUGCAGUUUUAUCCUGGAUGUUUUCAAAAGCAUAUUCUGCAUAUUUGAAUAAUAGGUGUAAUUAGUUUGUUCUUGGACUCAAUUCUUCAAUAAUGGACCAAAUCCCUGAAUUAUUUAUAAUCGUGUCUCAAAAAGUAUCAUGAGCUAGUCACGUGGCAUGGGGAUUCUUGAAUCCUUAAUGUACUCCAGUGAGGCAAAAUUGAAGAGUCAGGACUGGCCAUUUUGCCAGGAACAAAUUCCUACUUUGACAAGUUUUUUAAAUAGCCUCCCGGGCUCAAGACACCUAAUAGGCCCUGGCCUGGGUGUUUUGUGUUACUGACAGCCUGUGAAAUGCUUCUGUGAGGUCGUGAUAUAUUGGAAGAUUCCAGAAGCUAAUGACUUCCUUGAGUGUGUCUCAAAUAAGGGCUCCUUGGUGCCUCAGGGAUGGGGUAUUCCCUCCUGGCUGAGGCUCUCUGCCAAGCCCAGAUGUCUGUGACCACAUAUUGUGCCUGCGCUCCAGCUGCUGCUUGGUCCUGCAGUGUCACCCAGGAAGGCUACUAGGGCCAGUGCCCCCUCUGGCCACACCACCUCCUCAUGGCAACCCCUCUCUGUCCAGCCACACCAACCCCAGAAGACCCAGGACCCUGCAUCCCCAUCCACACUUCAGGACGGGUUAUCUAUUUCUUUUUUAUUUUGUACUAGGGACGGAACCCAGGGGUGCUCGUCCACUGAGCUACAUCACCUACUCUU